UACAUUUCACACACAAUACUUUUAGGCGAGUUACUCAUGUUGCCGUAAAACAAUGUUGUGUUUCUUGAGUUGGCUCAUAACGCUAUAUGCACCUAUGUUCGUUACCAGCGUCAGCGUGAACAUAGACGGAGUCAUAGACCUUGGCCCCAAAUGGAACUACGAGUACAAAAUAAAAUCUUCCGAAACAUUCCCUACUACUGAACCCACAGAACCGUUCACGGUCGCUCCCGAUUUCUUCAGAGGGAUCUCUAAGAAAAAAGAAAAGAAGAGAAAAAAGAACGCAACGCCAGCAGCUGACAUCAACCCAGAUUCACUAAUCACGAAAUACUCGCAUCGUUUCAAGCCAAAAAGCAUCUACGAUAGACCUCACUCUGUCAAAGACGACUCCAAAAUCAACGAAUUCACUUAUCACGUCUACAAACAGUCGAUGAAAGUGUUCGACGAAAUCAAGAAGAAAGUAGAUCCGUCGAUUCAACACAAAGUGCAAUUCCUAGCGCGGAGUUACGACGAUAAAUUCCGUGAGUUCGUCAACGAAACAUUGCACCAAAAAAUCAAAACGCGUCUAGGAUCCGAGCGGGUUGUAUUAAAUAUCAUUGACACAUCGAAUCGGCUGCUGAAACGACUUGUAAACUAUUUUAUUGGGGACAUGAACAAGGAAGGAAUUCAAAGAAACAAUAUGGCAGCAGCGAAUGUGCUUCAGAAAGAAGUUGAGAGAGAAUCUGUACUGGAGUUGAAGCAUGCGUGCAGUAAAUUUUCCAUUUGCAGAAACUCUAAUGGAUUUAGCGAAUUUAUGAUCGAUGUGUUCACGAUUAUCGCUAAGAACGACGAUGCAAAAAUCAAGCAAGCAGCCGACGCGCUCACUGAAGUUAUGAAAAACACGGACUUUAGCAAAGUUAUGGACUGGAAUACAAGGAAAAAGUUUAUGAAAAAGAUCGAGGAGAUUGAAUCUUUGGACCCGCUCAUGUUAAAAGCUAUGUUCUGGAUCGCAAUAAACGCCUUUUCAAUGAAAAAUAAGCCACUCAACGUCAUGGAUGAUGAUUCCGGACAAAUUAACAAAACCAUAGCUUUCUUAGAAAUUAUACAUGAAUUGGACAAAAAAUUACCAGCUAACGAUGAGAAUAUGCUCGAAUGGAACGACAUCAAAACCAAGUCGGAAGUUCAAUCCCUAUCGACCGCUGGACUGUUGUGA